GGUUCCUUGAUGCUUUUGGGACGUUGCCUACCUCCCUCAGUGGACGAAGACGGGAUCAAAUCGUACACGUGAGUCGAAACAAGAGGUUGAAUCGCUACUUUAUAAAACUACCUGGCGAGAUAUCACUUCGCAAAGCUCGAGGCCACUUCCAGACGCACUCUUGAACGCCACCAGUUCUGUAGUCUUUAAUAUACGAUCUACAAUCGCCCGAUACCGGUCUUUCAAGGAAUGACUCCGCUAGACUCCCUUGGCGGAGGGAUUUUGGCGUAUGAGCUGGCUGUUGUAUCAAGUAUAUGGUCAUCACUCUACCCAAAGAUUUCACCACUACAUCCAUCACAGCCUAGCCGCGAGAGGGAGAGAGCGAGCAUAGGUCUUGUUGAAAGCUAUGAACAGGGGGAUGAGGACGUUGUCAUUGGCAAUCCACGUCGCGGGUGUUCAGGCAGCCUCGGCUGCAUUGCUCGUACAUCCAAGACGAAACGGCGAUGCAUGCAUGUGUCAUUUUAUGAAACAGCGUAUGAAGCUGCUCUAGCACUCUCCAACGCUCGAACGAGAUAUGGCUACCGUGUUGAAAAGUAAUGAUCAAAUGACGCCAUUCGGGCAGGACGAAUCCAUUACACAAACAGUCCGUCUAGAAAAUGUCCAGUCGUGGGGUUCGCUUGCAGCCAAGCCCCAGUCUGUACCCAGAAAAAGGAUUCUGGUCCUGGUAUAGGAUUCUCGAGAAAAAGAGCCCGUCAAGAGGCCCAGAAACUUUGCGCCGUUGCUAUCGUGGAGUCUUGUAUAGCAUCGAGGGAUUGUGAAAGCGGUGACGGGAACACGGAUUUACACACUCCUAACUGCAGGAAUAGAGCAAGUCUCACCGUAAAAGAAGAAACGAACUCGAUAACGGUCCUGUUAAUGCUAACUGUCACGACCUGGGUUGCAUCGCAUUGGUAGAGACCUCGAUUAGGUGCUAUCGACGAAGAUUCUAC